CUGAUUCAGAAGCCCUGUCUUAAGGAGAUGCCUUGAAUGUGCUUCUUCUGUGCUUGGGAUCACUUGAGGGUUCUCUACACUACCACUAAUAGGGCAGAAUGGAUGGUAGAAUGCCCCAAGCAAUGGUGGCCAUCCAUCCUGGAUGAAAUUCCAUUCCCUGCUAGAGUCAGAUGUGUUACUGAAAGUCCAGCUGCCUUUCUGAUUUACAAUCCUUCCUGUUUACUCUAGUGUAUGUCCAUUUGGUAAAUUCUUCCUGGCCAGGAGUCAAUUACCCAUAUUCUGGUAACUCCAGAACAUUACUUGCAAUGUAUUAGAAAUGCAGGGGCUUGGACAUGUGUGAGCACUAGCUUGAGUAAUUUGGCAGCCAGGACCAGUAGCCAUUUCUUCUUCUGAAAAUGUUUUCAGUUUUUGCAGCCAAGCAAGGAGGAAUUAUUUGACUAUCAAGUGAAUAAUACUGUUGUUGAGAAAACAUCAUGGACAUGUCUCUGUAGUCACUAGGAGCUGAGCUUGACUCAGCAGAAACUUACCUUACCUUACCAUUGCACUAUUGUUCUUGAUGAAAUUAGAUCAUUUUCUUCCUUUUUCAUUUUAAAUCUUUUGAGUUGCUGUUGUAAUUAGUCUUUCCUUAAUUUUUUAGAGAUGUCUUUACCCAUUGAUCCAGGGUACUUCUCUGUAGCAAUGUGGACCCUUGGACUUGGAGCCAUCGGGGCUGCUGUGACGGGGAUAAUCCUUGCCAAUACGGAUUUGUUUCUCCCUAAAGCAGAAAAGGCCUCGCUGGACUUUCUAGAGACGAUUGAUUUGAAGACUCUGGGACGAGGAGAACAAAGAACAUUUAAAGCCAAGGAGCUGUGGAAGACAAAUGGUGCUGUCGUCAUGGCGGUGAGGCGGCCUGGGUGAUUUUUGUGCAGAGAGGAGGCCACUGAGCUGUCCUCUCUGAGACCCCAGCUUGACCAGCUGGGGGUCCCACUUUAUGCUGUUGUGAAAGAGAAUGUUGGGAUGGAGGUGGAAGAUUUUCAACCAUAUUUCAAGGGAGAAAUAUUUCUGGAUGAAAAGAAACAGUUCUAUGGUCCUCUGAAAAGAAAGAUGUUGUUCGUGGCCCUUUUCCGCUGCAAUGUCUGGAGGAAUUUCUGGCGCGCUUGGAGGAGCGGGUUCACCGGAAACAUGGACGGAGAAGGCAUUAUCCUGGGAGGGGUUUUUGUGAUCGGCCCAGGGAAACAGGGAGUUUUCUUGGAGCAUCGUGAGAAAGAAUUUGGAGACAAAGUUAGCCUUGAUGCUGUCCUUGAUGCCGUUAAGAAGAUCAGAGCGCAACCUUCAGACCAUGGAGAAUAAAGCACACUUUCUUUUUUGUUGCAAAUGCUAAUGUUGCCAUGCAAACAUGGGUUGUAUCUCUGCCAAGUUCUAAAUUUCUCCCAAAUAUGUAAAAUCCUACUCCUAGUAGCUGUUUCUGUUGUCUGUUCUUCAGAUAUCACUGAUUUCUUCUGUCUUUGUUGUACUGGAUUAAUGAAAGGCCAGGUCUAAAAUUUUGAGAUCUGACCAAGAUGCCUUCCAGUUGGAGCAAAACAUUCAGAUAUCAGGGGAUCUGCAUGGGGACUUGAUGAUGGAAAACUAAUAAAUAUUCUUUAAAAGGUUUAAGUGAUGGUGGUUUUUGUAAUGAUUUGAAAGCCCAGUUUGCUAACCUGUCACUUUCCAUUUCUCCAAUGCCAUCUAGUUUAGCUGGAUAAUUUCAGCCCCGAAGGUCAAACUAGACAUCUUAGAAACUGUAACUAGGCAUCAUCCUGGAGAUCCUCUCAGACUUUCCUGCAUUUUUGAUAGUAACUACAUAUGGGUAUAUUCUGUUGGGCCAACUCCUGCACCCAGCAGAACUAAAGUAGGAAUGUCCAUGUGAUGUAGCAAUUAAGGUGUUGAAUUGUGAGUGGGAAGUCUACCGUUGGCUAUGGAAGGUCACUGGGUAACUUCAGGCCACCCUAUCUCUCGGCGUUCUUGUUGUGGUGAUAAAGAUGGAGGGGGAAGCUCUGUGUAGUCUCUCUGGAGGAAACAAAUCCAACAAUCAAAAUGAGUCAGUGAAUCUUUCAUACUGUGCUAUUUGCUCCAAUCAAAAUAAUUCCUAAAGCUGUUGUGUAUUCGGUGAACAGGGCAAAAAAAAAGG